UAGAGCCCCGCCCCCGAGCUCUGUCAUGGCUGCGUCCAGUGUUCCUACGGAGUAGAGGAGCGGGAUGCUAGGGUGGUUGUCGGCCCGACAAGCUGGACUGGACGACCCUCUUCGCCUACGAAGAGCGGAGUCCACACGAAGGGUUCUGGGACUGGAGUUAAACAAAGACAGAGACAUUGAAAGGAUCCACGUCAAUGGAGUUAACAGCCUGGACAUUGAACCUGUUGAAGGGAGAUACAUGUUAUCAGGUGGUUCAGAUGGUGUGAUUGUACUUUAUGAUCUUGAGAACUCCAGCAGACAACCUUGUUACACAUGUAAAGCAGUGUGUUCUGUUGACAGAUAUCAUCCUGAUGUUCACAAAUAUAGUGUGGAGACUGUACAGUGGUAUCCUCAUGACACUGGCAUGUUCACAUCAAGUUCAUUUGAUAAAACUCUGAAAGUAUGGGAUACAAAUACAUUACAAACUGCAGAUGUAUUUAAUUUUGAAGAAACAGUUUAUAGUCAUCAUAUGUCUCCAGUUGCCACCAAGCACUGUUUGGUAGCAGUUGGCACUAGAGCUCCCAAAGUACAACUUUGUGACUUAAAGUCUGGAUCCUGUUGCCACAUUCUACAGGGUCACAGACAAGAAGUACUGGCAGUCUCCUGGUCACCACGUUAUGACUAUAUCUUGGCAACUGCAAGUGCUGACAGUAGAGUAAAAUUAUGGGAUGUGAGGAAAGCAUCAGGAUGUUUGAUUACUCUUGAUCAGCAUAAUGGGGAAAAGUCACAAGCUGCUGAAUCAGCAAACACUGCUCAUAAUGGGAAAGUUAAUGGCUUAUGUUUCACAAGUGAUGGGCUUCACCUACUCACUGUUGGUACAGAUAAUCGAAUGAGGCUCUGGAAUAGUUCCAAUGGAGAAAACACACUAGUGAAUUACGGAAAAAUUUAUAAUGACAGUAGGAAAGGAUUGAAAUUCACCGUCUCCUGUGGCUGCAGUUCAGAAUUUGUUUUUGUACCAUAUGGUAGCACCAUUGCUGUUUAUACAAUUUACUCAGGAGAACAGAUAAUAAUGCUUAAGGGACAUUAUAAAAGUGUUGAUUGCUGUGUAUUUCAGUCUAAUUUCCAGGAACUUUAUAGUGGUAGCAGAGACUGCAAUAUUCUUGCUUGGGUACCAUCCUUAUAUGAACCAGUUCCUGAUGAUGCUGAGACUACAACCAGAUCACAGUUAAAUCCAGCAUUUGAAGAUGCCUGGAGCAGCAGUGAUGAGGAAGGAUGAUUGUCAAGCUUAAGUACCUUUGUGUCUCUUUUGAUGAAAUAUUUUAAAUGAGACUUUUCUUUUUAAACUGUUCAGUAACAGUUAAAUUAGCCCUGAAUUUAGGUGAUUUUUCUCCCCACAUUUUAAAAUGAGAUUCAUAUUUGCAUGAAAUCCUAAAACAGACUUUUAUAUUAUAUUUAAUCAAAACAUGCCUCUUGAUCCCAGUUGCUAUUACCAGGGGCAGCCCCUAUUGCUGUAGUACAAGCAGACAAGUCAUGGUGCCCCAUGUGGAACUUUGAACAGCCUGUGAGCUAUAAGGUGCUGUCUCAGGAUGAGUAAUGCUGGUGAACAGCACUGACCUUCUCCAACUGGCUACACCAUCAGCCUGUUCAUUUUGACUUUCAAGGACAAUUUUACUGAGGAUGAUUAUAUUAAAAAUAAUAGUUGAAAAGUUAGCAUAAAAAAUGUUUUAUUCUUUCUUAUUUGUGUAUUCAGUUUUUGUAGUGAUUUCAUUUAGUUGACUUGUCUAUCUUUAUGUUAACUAUUUUUGGAUUCAUUUCCUCCGACAAUCCAAAAAGUACGUCACAGGAAUUUUUUAACUUGGGGAAAAUCCCUUGUUUUCUUUAUUUUAUUUUUAUUUUUUAUUUUUUAAUUUAUCUUUAUUGUUGAAAGUAUUACAGAUGUCCCCUUUUCCCCCCCCCCAUUGACCCCUUCUACCCCACAUCCACAACUUUAUUUUAAUGCAUCAGAUGGCAGCUUGUACUCAUACUUGAACUUCCUUUCUCUGAAUCUUGUUAAGAUGUGACCAAAUCCUACUUCAUUCAUCAAGGCAAAAAAUGUCCUGACAGGGAAUCUGACUUAACCAUGAAAUGUUGUCAUAAAAUUUCUAUUUUACUGUCUACUCUUCUUGUGUCAACCCAUAAGUUAUUAUCAUGAAUCUAAUCUUAUACUUCCUGAUUCUUAUCAGCAGGAGACUUGUAAAAGAAGUUUUUGUGAGCUUGAGUACCAAGUAUAUGGUUGUUGAGUUUUUAAAUGUGUAAGUGUUAGGCCUAAUAUCACACCUUCUGGACAAAUGUUUUGUAUACAUUUACUUUACGUUGAUUUUCUUAAGCUCUUACCAUUUUAUUCUCAUCUGCCUCCCUUUUGUGAUGCUUAGGACUUUUGAGAAUGCUAUUGAAAUUGGAAUUUUUUUUUAAUUUUAAGAAAAAAGAAGUCUUCCUCCAAACUACAAAUAACUGUAUUGCUUCUUUUUUUUUUUUAACUUAAAUUAACCCAUUUAUUAUACACUAGCAGUGUUUCAAA